AUGUGCGGGCGAUAUUCUCUAGGCGUUCGCAUGGCCUUCGUCCGGCAACGCCUCGAGCAGCAAGGCAUGCAAGUCGACGACGCCCCGGGAGAUGAUGAAGUACGCGAAACAUACAACUUUGCGCCUGGAUACAACGGUGUUGUCUAUUGCGCCGAUCCUGGAGAGAGAGACCAUGGAGCUACAAGAGAAACCGAAGAAGACGAAGCUACAGACAAAGCUCAGGAAGAAAUUCGGGAGCAAGAAGACGAAUAUAAUACUCAAUAUCUUGGUCUUGAAAAUGAGAGUGCGACCAAAUAUAAGCUUCAAAGCAUGAGAUGGGGUCUUAUCCCAUUCUGGACAAAACGCAAGCCUGACUACGGCUCUCUCAUGCGAACCAUUAAUUGCCGGGAUGACUCGCUAAUUGAAGAUCGCGGAAUGUGGACAUCGAUGAAACGGAAGAAGCGAUGUAUUGUUAUUUGUCAGGGAUUUUACGAGUGGCUGAAAAAGGGUCCCGGGGGAAAGGAAAAGGUGCCGCACUUCGUCAAGCGCAAAGACGGUGAGUUGAUGUGCUUCGCCGGGCUUUGGGACUGUGUCCGAUAUGAAGACUCCGACGAAGAAUUGUAUACCUACACCAUCAUAACAACAAGUUCAAACCCCUACUUAAAAUUCCUUCAUGACAGAAUGCCAGUUGUUCUCGACCAGAAUAGCGGAGCAAUGAAAACAUGGCUAGAUCCCAACCGGACCACAUGGUCGAAUGACCUGCAGUCCAUUCUCAAGCCUUAUAAGGGCGAACUAGAAUGCUACCCGGUUUCAAAGGAAGUUGGCAAGGUCGGGAACAACUCGCCCGACUUUUUGAUUCCAAUCAACAGCAAGGAGAAUAAAAGUAAUAUCGCAAAUUUCUUCGCUAAUGCAAAACAAAAGAAGAGCGAUGAGCCUGUCAAGACUGAAGGCGAAAAGAAUACGACAUCCGACAUGUCGGAACAGAAAGUCACCAAGGAUAACGAUGAGAAUCGGACGACACAGGACAAUGAAUGGAGCGAGGACAACGCCCCUGUGCCAGUACCUGGUGUCAAGAGGGAACAUCCACCCGAUAGUAAUGAUGAGAUUGGGGUGACGGAGCAGAAGAAACAGAAAACCCAAUUUGUUUCACCUUGGAAGCAAUCCAACCACAAACCAGUGAAGAAGGCGGAUGAAAAGAAGUCAACUGAUGGCUCUCAGCGGAUUACCGACUUUUUCCGAAAGUGA